GACAAAUACACCUGAAACCUGAAGCCUGAAAUGGAUGUGGGCAGUAGAGGGCGGUGUGCAUGACUCGCUCCUUUGCAGUCCAAGAACAAGUCCGUCCAAUGGCGGGGUCAACGUCCCCGUGGAGGCCGCCUCGGAUGUGUGACGCCUACUGGAGUGAAUUCAGACACUGCAAGAGUUUACGGCACCGCUUCCAUCACUACUACACUUACGGAGCGCCGCCUUUGUGUGAGCAGUGGAAAGAAGACUAUGACGCGUGCAAGGAGUGGGAGAGGACCCAGAGUACACAUGCCAAGGAAUGUCUCCAGAAAAGUGAGAGGAAUCGAGUGUCUGAGCAGAGGAAAUUCACUCCAGUUUGGGAGUUGAGGCAAAGCCCACCGUCUGAUUGGCACAUGCCGCUUAAUCAGGACAGACCACAGGACUCUUGAGGGUGCACACGCCAUCAUAUUCAUUCACCUUACAAAGAUUGCCAUCCUUUCCCAGAACUACUCAGUCCACAAAUACCCAAUGGCUAUGACUGAAAUGGAUCCUUAUUUGUGUCUUAGGGCAAUAUUGACAACAUUUGAGUACCUUUUUCUCUUGGGGACCAAAUUGUAAGUUUUAGGACGCUGCAAUGUCCCACAAUGCACUUAUAAUUUCUAGUAAACAUCACAGAUCACUACAUCACUUGAAUGUAUACCCAGAGUGACAGCUGAGCCAAUGAAAAUGAAACUUGCCACUCUUGUGGCUCUCUGGUAACUGCAGGUCACUGUAGUCGUGGAACAGUAGUUAAAUGCGUUUUUACUUGUCCCUCAUUCCCUGCACGUUUCAGAAAUACUACACCCCUGUCCAGGAAUAAGAAACUUCAGCAGCUAAUGUUGGUUUGUUUAUGUGACUGGUAAGUAGUGACGCAGGCUGAUGAUCAGCAAGAAUAUGAAUUUAUUGAUUCAUGCAUUUGACCAUAAUUAGGUGGAAUAAAUAGUUCUUCCCUGUGUAGUGUGGUACUAACAAGUGAGUGGGGAUCCAUUUCAGUCAAUACCUAGAUUUUGUGUUCAGUAUGACUGUUUUUGUAAAUAUUCUUCAAUGUGUAUCAGCACUUGUACUCUACAAAUUGUAGAACUCUGAAGAUCUGUACAAAGACAGCCACACAGGUGCUCUCUGGGAAGAUGUGAGGUCAAGGAGAAAAACAGGGUUUUUUUUAUUUUUGCCAACUGUUUCAGUGCCACCGCUGAUGGGUCAUUUAUGGUAGUCACUCUGAAAACCUUUGUCCAUGCAUGCGUGUUUGUACAUCUUCAACAGGUGUUUGGCCUCUUAUGUUCCAUGUCUUUAUGAAAAGACCUCAUUGAAAAUAUGCAUAUCAAUAAAAUGCAAUCGUAAGUCCUGUUAUGAGCAACAGCUUAUGAAAGAACUUUUAAAGUG